AUGCCGUCAUUAUUUUGUGUUUGUGACGCUAGAAAAUUAGAAGAACAUCAAAGGAAAUACGAAAGGAAAAGAUUGGAAAAAGAAGUUAAAGUUAUAAGGGAUAGAAUACGUAAAAUGAAAGAAGAACAGCAAAGGAGGGCUGCGGAAAUGAAAGAUCAAAAUCACGAUUCGGAUGAUGAAGGGAUAGAUGGGGGAAGCGGGGGUGGACGCGGGGGCGGAAUGGGAGAUUUUUUUAAUUUUUUCCAAGAUCCGGAAAUAAUGAAUCUUUUCAAGGAUCCUGAGAUAUCGGAAGCGUUCAAUGAUAUUUCCCGAAAUCCAGCAAAUAUAAUGAAAUAUCAAAAUAAUCCAAAAGUGAGCGCCGUUUUGGAAAAAUUAACAUCGAAAUUUUCAAAAGGUCAAAAACCCCCGGGUUUCGGUGGACCCUUUUCAUCAUUUUUCGGUGAUAAAUCUGGAAAUCAGGGAGGAGGAGGAGGAGGAGCAGGAGGUGGUGGAGUUCCUAAACCUCCCAGUAGCGCUGCUGAUAUAGACCUCGAUUAA